AUGGCCAUCCAAAGCUUUUCAGAAGUGACCGACAAGUUCAACGUCUCGACGACAAAAUACAAAUGCAUCCCCGACGAGACGGGACACUUGCAAUGGCUCAACGUGGACGUCUGGCUGCCCCGAGGAGAAUCAAAAUCGUCGAUGAGGUCGUCGCGACACCACCAAGGACAUCCUGUCCUGGUAUUUAUCCACGGAGGAGGUCUCGUCACGGGCCACCGAGCGUUCCACCCUUUCAUCAACGGCUGGCUCCCUGGGUUUGCGCAAGCCCAUGACGCGAUUGUCGUCAGCCCGGACUAUCGACUCCUGCCGGAAUCGACUGGCCAAGACGUCCUGGAGGACUUGGAGGACUUCUGGCGCUGGCUGACCGGCACCGGAAGUAGUCCUCCAGGUGACGUGUCGAUUCCGGACGACAACGACGACCAAGCACGACGAGACGUCGUCGUAUCUUUUGAAGAUUAUGUGGCGCAAAUCGUGAGUGAGAGUCCCGCCGUGGUCCAUCCUGACCUGUCCCGGAUCCUGGUGUCGGGUGGCUCUGCCGGUGGCUUUUGUGCCACGCACCUAGCCCUAUCCCACUCCUCCCGGAUCAGAUCCCUGCUCCUGCAGUACCCGAUGGUCGACAUCGACUCGGCCUGGUUCCGCGAGGGCAAUCCCGCACACAACGCCGACAGCCCCAACUCGCCGGCCCUCGUCCUCGGCGCCGGCCCGCUACCGCUUGACGACUUCCUGGCCUUCGAGACGCACGCCGCCGCCAAGCGUGCCACGUCCCAGAUCGUCGCGGAGGGCGGCUUCGAGAGACUGCCACUCGUAAGCAGCGCCCAGUACUACGGGAAGUGGCACGACUGGAUCGUUCAAGGGCAGGCCGCCGAAGACGGCGGCACCGUGAAGGACGUCGUGGUUUUCCGACGGAUGGCCAACCACGACGUACACAUGCCCCGGAGGAUCUUCGUCAUACAGGGGACCCAGGACACGGCGGUCCCGGCGUCCUCCGUCGUGCGGUUCGUCGAGCUUCUCAAGACUCGCUUUUCCACCCGGGGCGCCGCGGCAUCAGAGGUACGCGCCGAGUACUGGGAUGGGCUGGACCAUGGGUUCGACGGCUCGCCGGACGUCCUGGACGAUCCCAGAUUGAAAGACGGUUUGAGGUGGGCUGCGGACCUGUGGGUCGGUGCCACAACCGACUGA